CCGCCGAAAGGGAGAGCGCGCGCCAGACAGACGGAGACAGCUGAUGCCUGUCAGCGCGGUGGGGCCGUGAGCUCUCGCGAGAGCUCCCCGGGCCGGCCGCGAGAAGUGGGGCGCAGGUGUAAGAGGAGUGCAUCCCGUCGGCGCGCCGGGCUAGAGCUCUCGGAGAAGCGGGAACGCGAGCCCGGCGCGCGGCGCUCUGCGCGGUCCAAGGGAGCAUCCGGCGGCAGCAGGAGCAGCAGCCGCCCGCGGCGCAGUCGCCGCCAGCUGCCGCGGCCGCCUCGGCCGCCGCCUCGGAAGGGAGGCCGGGGGAGCCGGCGUGCGUACUUUCCCGCGGACUUUCGGAGUGUUUUUGGAUUUACAUGCCAAGCCGUCAAGAUGAUGUCCAUGAACAGCAAGCAGCCUCACUUUGCCAUGCAUCCCACCCUCCCUGAGCACAAGUACCCGUCGCUGCACUCCAGCUCCGAGGCCAUCCGGCGGGCCUGCCUGCCCACGCCGCCGCUGCAGAGCAACCUCUUCGCCAGCCUGGACGAGACGCUUCUGGCGCGGGCCGAGGCGCUGGCGGCCGUGGACAUCGCCGUGUCCCAGGGCAAGAGCCACCCUUUCAAGCCGGACGCCACGUACCACACGAUGAACAGCGUGCCCUGCACGUCCACGUCCACCGUGCCGCUAGCGCACCACCACCACCACCACCACCACCACCAGGCGCUCGAGCCCGGCGACCUGCUGGACCACAUCUCCUCGCCGUCGCUCGCGCUCAUGGCCGGCGCUGGCGGCGCGGGCGCGGCGGGGGCCGGCGGUGGCGCCCACGACGGCCCGGGGGGCGGCGGCGGUCCGGGCGGCGGCGGCGGCCCCGGCGGCGGCGGCCCGGGGGGCGGUGGCGGCGGCGGCGGCGGCCCUGGGGGCGGCGGCGGCCCGGGUGGCGGGCUGCUGGGCGGCUCGGCGCACCCUCACCCGCACAUGCACGGCCUGGGCCACCUGUCGCACCCAGCGGCGGCGGCCGCCAUGAACAUGCCGUCCGGGCUUCCGCACCCCGGCUUGGUGGCGGCCGCGGCGCACCACGGUGCGGCGGCGGCGGCGGCGGCAGCGGCUGCAGGGCAGGUGGCGGCCGCGUCGGCGGCAGCGGCCGUGGUGGGCGCGGCGGGCCUGGCGUCCAUCUGCGACUCGGACACGGACCCGCGCGAGCUCGAGGCGUUCGCGGAGCGCUUCAAGCAGCGGCGCAUCAAGCUGGGCGUGACGCAGGCCGACGUGGGCUCGGCGCUGGCCAACCUCAAGAUCCCGGGCGUGGGCUCGCUCAGCCAGAGCACCAUCUGCAGGUUCGAGUCGCUCACGCUCUCGCACAACAACAUGAUCGCGCUUAAGCCCAUCCUGCAGGCGUGGCUCGAGGAGGCCGAGGGCGCGCAGCGGGAGAAAAUGAACAAGCCCGAGCUCUUCAACGGCGGCGAGAAGAAGCGCAAGCGGACUUCCAUCGCCGCGCCUGAGAAGCGCUCCCUCGAGGCCUACUUCGCAGUUCAGCCCCGGCCCUCGUCGGAGAAGAUCGCCGCCAUCGCCGAGAAACUGGACCUCAAAAAGAACGUGGUGCGGGUGUGGUUUUGCAACCAGAGACAGAAGCAGAAGCGGAUGAAAUUCUCCGCCACUUACUGAGGGCGGGGCAGAGCGAGGAGCCGUGGGGCACUUGGUGGUGGGAGGGGAGGGGGCUCCCCCGGUCUGCUGCCCCUUGGUUCCUAGUGUCCGUUAUCCUGCUUGCAACUGGGGAGGUCCUCUGCGCGCUCCUCUCUGCCCCCUGCCCUUCCUGUCCCCCAGCCUAGCAGCCAGGGACCCAGUGUGGAGACAGAGAAGCUGUAGGGGCCCGAAGGGGGGAGCCUUUGGUGAGUGGGAAGUUGGGGGAAGGAGAGUGGAAGAUGGGCAUGGGUUCUGAGGAGCAGGAUGGUUCUGGGGGUAGGGUGGGGGGAGACCGGGAAGGGUAGGGAAAUGGACAGUUUUUGACCAGAGACACUUAUCAGAAUCUCCUGGGACCAAGGAACUAUGUACAAAAACAAAACAAAACCUACCAACCACCAAAAAAGAAAAAAAAAUAAAGCUAGACAAAUAAAGACAAAGUAAGACAAAACAGAACAAAAGUGAAGAAAAAUGCUUUAGAAAUUUAACUCCGGGGAACCAUAAUCUGCAGCUUCAUUUACCCCCAAGGAAGAGACAAGGCCCGGUGAUGACUACCGCCCCAACCCUGCACACAGGAGCUGAGUUGAAAACCAAAUGAAUCGGAAGGUGAAAUUCUGGGUAGCAAAGCUAGUUGUUCUGUCUGCGUGUUUGACUUAAUUUUCCCUUCUAAGUCUCACCACCCCAUUCAUAUCUUCCUUGGGUUUAUUUUUUGCCUUCAAAUGAAACCACAAUGGCUGCUGUCCAGCACCGGAAGGAGGGUAGGGGCACAGCUGAAGAAGGGGUUUGGGACUGGGAGACAGGCUGUAUGGUUAGGUGGAAUCCACACUUUGCAAUGGCCCAGCCUACGCCUCUGUGGCCUGGCUCCGUGUCGCUUGUGGAACAUUAGGGAGAGUGAGGCAGUCUUGGAGCUGACAAGAAGGUGGAAUGUAGGGCCUCCAAAAUAAAUAAAUUAUCCUAGGAAAAUAAAACAAUUUUAACAAGUUUUUUUUUUUUUUGUAUCUAAGAUACAGAAAACAGACAGUUUCAAACUAAGCUUUUCCCCCCAAAGAACUUCACCUUAGCUGCUCUUUAUUUUACAGAGUGAGGUUUAUUUUAAACGGAUUUUCUCCCCUAUUGAUUCAAAUAGGGUGGUGGGGUGGGAGAUAUUUAGGAGAGAGACUCUGAGCCUCUCCUGGGCGUUUUCUCCACUGAACAAGACUCAUCUUGCUCUUCUAGGUCCCCUUUCCUCCUCUCUUGGAGAAGAUGGAGUCAUUGCAAUGUUGAGAAGUUUGUGCUUUCCAUUGGGGCAGAACUUGGCUGUGAGAAAAUCUUCUAAAUCCCAGAAGAGAGGAAGACAGAUUUAAAGCCUCCCACUCCCACCUUGUUUAUUUCAAAGAGAUCUGCAUGUAGGGAGGAGGGAAGCAAAACAACUAUUUCCUUAUUAUUAUUGCUAUCAUCAUUAUUAUUGAAGGAUCAUUUAUUACUGAGGAUAAAUGUUGGGUAGCAAAAACUUUAAUUUGCACUAUCAGUCUCCCAAAUAGAAAAUCAUGUAUAGUAUUUCAUAGUAAUAAUCAAGGUACUUUAUAAGCUGCUGAUGGUUUUUUUUGUUUUUGUUUUUUAAUGAGAAAGACAGUUGAAGGUGGUUAGGUAAAAUGCCUGCUUCGUGUACAAAACACUCUGGAUCUCAUGUGGAGAUGGUUUGUUACCAUUCUUUAAUUGUAACUAAAAAAAAGAAGAACAAAUGAGAAAGGAAAAAAAAACCUGCUGUUUAACAAGAUUAAAAUCAUGCAUGAUCUGAAAGAUGCAGAAAGAAAAACACAAUUAGGUCUCACUCUGGUUAGGCUUUAUUUAUUUAUUUAUUUAUAUUGUAUAUCAUUGUUUGCAGCGCAAACAUUCUAUGCAUUUGAAACUGAGCACUAAACUGGGCUAGCUUUCUGGUAGACCGUUUUGUGGAUAGUGUGAUUUCACAGUCUACUGCCUGUUUCCACUGAAAACACAGCAUUCUUGUCAUAUUCUUGUAUUUAGAGGAAAAUGAAAAAAGGAAGAUUAUUGUAAAUAUUUUAUUUAAUACACUCACACAGUGGUUACAAACCGCCAGUGUUAAUCCUGAAAUGUCUCACGAAUUGAUCUACCUGUCCAUGUAUGUCUGUUGAGCUUUCUCCUUGGUUAUGUUUUUGAUCACCUUCCUCUUGCCCCAUUUCUAUCAGAACCAUUUCUGUGCGCCAAAAUACAACAGGGGGAUGUGUCCCAAUACACUUACAAAUAAAACGUAACUGAAAGAAGAGUAGUUUUUUGAUUUGGGUGCAUUUUUGUGUUUAUACUGGGCCAGGUCCUGGUAGAGCCGUUGAACAAAUGAGACCUAAUUCAACAACAACAAAAAACUCAACCAAUUAAACAAAAAAGGAAGGAGAAUAUGGUGAAUAGUGAAUUGAAAAUGAAGCAAAGGGUGAGAAUGAUUUUUUUCCUGAAUCAGAAUUCACUUUCAAAAAACUUAUGUGAACAGUGGUGCUUUGAAUAAAAUGAAUUCUAUAUUAGUUGCCUGUGUUAUCAAAGUUAUUCUUAUUUAAAAAAAAAAAAACAGCACUCAAUUCAGAGUGGUGGAAGGUAACAAUAACCAGGCACCUGAGAAACUUUUAAAUCAAGGGUUAGGAACAAAGGCAUUUGGGGAUUAUUUGUGUUGUUUUAGGCUAAAAAGCGCUUCUAAAACUGUUGUAACCAAAUGACUUUUCUUUGGAAGUCAAAUUUCGAAAUGAUCCACCGAUUUGCCCAGAUACCUUGUAAAUGCUUCUGUUCUUUUGGAACAUUUCCUGUGCCACCUACUGCUCCAGAGUGACCAGGGAUUCUUCAUUUCUUGGUGACCUGGGACAAAAGCAGAUGCCAAAUGUACAAAGUUUCUUACUUGCUGGGACUAUAUCUUCUGAAGUCAACCUAUUUUAGCCAAAUCUUUUUAAUUUUACCGGCAAAUCUGUGAAAAACACUUGAUGUUCAAAAAAGAAUAGUACAUUUUAAAAAAGCUGUGAUUUUUAAACAGUUGUUAAUGUUUAAAAGAGCACUAGAGGUAUUUUUAAAAAUAGAUCUCUUCCAUCAAAAUUGAUUUGUUUCUCUUGUUAUUAACUUGAUAUAUCAUCAAAGUUUUAAAUAAAGUGCAUUUGUAAAAAGAAUGUUAUUUUAUAGAAAAGUAUGACCGGAUUUCAUUGUUGAAGAACCAGGAAUGAACAAGUGAAAAGAUUUACGGAGUUUUUUUUUUUUUUAAUCUGCCCCCAGAGUUGCAGGCAAAUACAUUUGUAUUAUGUCAUAAUGACCAAUGUUUGUAUUAAGAAUUUAAGCGAUUGUUUUGUAUUAAGUAAAAUCCUUACCGAGUAAAAAGAAAGCUAUUAUGUUAAUAAAAACAGAUCCUGAA